UCCAAAAUGGGCUAUUCAGAAAAAGCCGCGUCGGAAAUGCUCUUCCUUCUGCUGCUUUGUUCCGUCCCUCUUCUCAAAGGCCUGCCCCUCUGGGAAAAUGAUGAUGUGGUCCCGGCCACCCCCUCCCCUCAGCUGGAGGCCUUGUCUUCAGAGGCCAUGGCUGGACCCAAGGAGGAGGAACUGGGGGUCUCAGCUGAGGUGAGGGGAUCCUCGCCCCCAAAUCCUGAAGGCCUCUCGGAGCUGCUGCAGGGGGCAUUGCUGAGGAAGGAGUUUCUGGGGGAUGAGCUGAUGGAGGAGCCCAUCCCUGGAGGUAGCCCUUCCACUCAGCCCCCAUUCCAUCCUCCCAUCCAGCACCUGGACGGUGGGAUGGUCCCUGAGACCUCUGAAGCCACAGCUACCGGCCCUUCCCCUCUGACCACUGCAGCACCUCCCACUGGAUUUCUUCUCACGACCCCACCGGCCUCCACAGCUGCUGCUCCCCCUCGCCUCCCACCUCCACCGGAUGAGGCCGGUUCUGCCAGCCAGCACAUUUCUGCCACCACAACAGCCUUCAUCCCUGAGGGCGAUGAGGAGACCACAACUACCCUGAUCACCACAACGACCAUCACUACAGUGCACACACCGGUACUCUGCAACAACAAUAUUACCGAUGUGGAAGGCUAUGUUGAGUCUCCAGAUUAUGCUGGUGCCACUUUCUAUGGAGGCUUGGAUUGUACCUACACUAUCUCUGUUUACAUGGGGUAUGGAAUAGAAGUACAGGUGCAGAGUUUGAAUCUGUCCAAGGAAGACUCUCUCACCGUGGAGGGCCUCGGACUAGAGAAGCCUGUGGUCCUAGCCAACGAGUCCCUCAUGGUCGAGGGACAAGUGAUUCGGAGUCCCACCAACCAAGUUUUGAUUCACUUUCAGAGCUAUCACACCACCACCCCUGGAGUCUUCAAAUUCCACUAUCAGGCUUUCCUACUUAGCUGUGGCUUCCCCAGCCGGCCAGAGAAUGGUGAUGUCAUGGUAACCGACCUCCACCCUGGUGGUUCUGCCACUUUUAAGUGUGAGUCGGGCUUCCACCUGCGAGGAGAGGAGACGCUUAUCUGCCUCAAUGUCAGCCGUCCUCGCUGGAGUGGCACCAGCCCCACAUGUGUGGCUUCCUGUGGAGGGACAGUUCACAACGCUACUCGUGGGCGUAUUGUGGCUCCUGAGGCACCGGGCGGGCCUCAUGGUCGGAACCUGACCUGUCGUUGGCUGGUGGAGGCACCUGAGGGACAGCGUCUUCACCUACACUUUGAGCGAGUGGCCUUGGAUGAGGAUAAUGACAAACUGAUGAUCCGCAGCGGGAGCAGCACAUUCUCCCCUAUCACCUACGACUCUGACAUGGAUGAUGUCCCAGAACGGGGAUUGCUGAGUGAUGCCCAGUCUCUUAUUGUGGAGCUGACCAGCGAGGGCCCCGCAACACCCCUCAUCCUCAGCUUGCGCUAUGAAGCUUUCGAUGAAGACCGAUGCUAUGAGCCGUUCCUGGCACAUGGAAAUUUCAGCACAUCAGACCCAUUGUAUCGCGUGGGGACCGUGGUCGAGUUUGCUUGCAGUGCUGGAUACAUGCUUGAACAAGGGCCAUCUGCCAUUGAGUGCGUUGAUUCAAGAGACCCUCGCUGGAAUGAAAGUGAGCCUACCUGCAAAGCAUUGUGCGGGGGGGAGCUCUCUGAGCCCACAGGAGUCGUCCUUUCGCCUGACUGGCCUCAGUCCUACGGGAAAGGUCAAGACUGCGUUUGGGGCAUCCGGGUGCAGGAGGAGAAGAGGGUACUGCUGGACAUCGAGAUCCUCAACAUCCGCAAGUCAGACGUGCUGACCAUCUUCGAUGGGGGAGACCUAACAGCUCGGAUUCUUGGCCAGUACUUGGGGCCUCAUCCCCGCUUCAGCCUUUAUUCUUCAGGCCCAGCUGUCACCCUUCAGUUUCAAUCUGAUCCUGGGGACCCACUGUUUGGGCUCAGUCAGGGAUUCCUGGUGCGAUACAAGGAGGUUCCACGGAAUGACACUUGCCCUGACCUGCCCGAAGUGGAGUUUGGCUGGCGCACUGCUUCUCAUGCCGCCGUCAUCCGAGGCACAGUUGUGACUUACCAGUGCGAGCCUGGCUAUGACAUAGUGGGAUCUGACAUCCUCACCUGCCAGUGGGAUCUGUCGUGGAGCAACAGCCCUCCUACUUGCCAGAAGAUUGUGAACUGUGCAGACCCAGGAGAGAUCAGCAAUGGCAAACGCAGCGUCUCAGACCGACGUUUCUCCAUCGGCUCCCAUGUCCAAUAUUUCUGUCAUGAGGGCUAUAUAGUAGAAGGGAGCAGCACGCUGACCUGCUACAACCGGGACACGGGCACCCCCAAGUGGAGCGACCGAGUGCCCAAGUGUGUCUUGAAGUACGAACCCUGCCUGAACCCUGGCGUCCCAGAUAACGGGUACCAAACACUGUACAAGCAUCAUUACCAGGCAGGUGAAUCCCUGCGCUUCUUCUGCUAUGAGGGCUUCGAGCUUAUCGGUGAAGUCACAAUUACCUGCAUACCCGGACAUCCAUCCCAGUGGACCAGCCAGCCGCCACUGUGCAAAGUGGCCUAUGAGGAGUUUCUGAACGACCGGAAACUGGAAGUUACCCAAACAACAGACCCUUCCCACCAGAUGGAAGGUGGCAACAUCGCCUUGGCGAUCUUCCUCCCCAUCAUUCUUGCUAUCCUCCUGAUUGGUGGCAUCUAUGUCUACUACACCAAAUUCCAGGGCAAAUCUCUCUUUGGCUUCUCCUUCUCCAGUUCCCAUAGCUACAGCCCCAUCACUGUGGAGUCAGACUUUAACAACCCUCUCUACGAGGCUGGGGACACCAGAGAAUAUGAAGUUUCCAUCUAGAAGAUGUCAAAGAAUCUGCAUUCUUUCCCCAUCCUGAGCGAGUUUGAGGACAGCGACUGAGAACAAUUUCUGUUUAGGAGGGAAUAGUGGAAAGUGGUUUGGGGGGAGGGCUGGAAGGGAGAAAGGAGGUUGCUGGACCUCUCCUCUCUACCCCAGACAUACAGCUUUCUCCUUUCCUCCCUAUGUUGCCACUUCUCUCCCUGCUUUGGACGAUGUCCACAUUCCCUCCCCCUGUAAAUACUCUUUCAAUGUGCCAAACAUGUUCACACACACACUUUUUCUGCUUUAUCUGUUUAUUUAACUUAUUUAUUAACUCACUUCUCCUCCUCCCUUCCCUCAGUUUUGUAUUUCCUUAGUGGCUGAGGAAGAAGGUAAGGGAGGGAGUGUGGUACCUCAUCUCUUUCUUCCUUGCUUUGCCCCACCCUGUCUCCCCUCUCCACUCCUUUUCUAGGGAGGUGGGUAUCACUUCUAGGUGCUGCCAUUUAAAUAUAUAUAUAUAUAUAUCUUUAUAAAGAAUGUUGUACAAUAACAUAACUGAAAACCAGCAUAAGUGGUGUGUAGGAGAGAUCCUACCAUAAAAAGUGAACGUGAACAAGAUCUUAAAGCAGAUAAGUCCCCCAAAGGAAAAAAAACAACAGGUAAGAGACCUACAAACAGGCAGAUGCUAUGAUGAAGAAACCAGCUUCAUUCCCCAGUCAAAAACACUCUACAAGUAAAAAAGCCCCAUUGAUUUCAGUAGAAACUUUUCUGUUCAGGUACAAAAUUGCAAAAUAGCAUGCUAGAUCCUCGAAUAAAAAGCCAACAUUGUUAAUUUAAGAGUAGAGCAGGGUUAGAAUUCGCACAGCUGCUAGGGUUGACGAUAGGCUAGGAGAAAAGAUGUCCUGUCCCUUUCAAUGAGGUUUAAUGCAUGAAAUGGGCAGUGGAAGCUUUUCAUGGCAUUGAGGCAAACAUCAACUGGUAAAUAGCCUGUAUUUUUUCUCCAGGCAGGUAGUAAACCUAGUAACUGCUAUCUGAAUAUGCCAUAAAUAAUCUGGAUUUACAAAGUUCCCGCACAAUAAAUCUAUUGUUAUGUUGUCCUGCGUGAAAGAAGCUGGCAUGCAUAACUAUUAAGAGUUUUACAGAGAUAUUAAGAUAGAAUAACAGGAGCCAAUCUCUGCUAUAAUGGAUCACCAUACUGUAGGGCUCCUGCAAAAUUCUUUAAAAAAUACAAGGCACCAUAGUAGUACCUGUGCAGCCCAAUGCCAUUGCAUUCAAUAGGAGUUACUCCCACGUAAAUGUGCAUAGGAUUGCAGCACUGCUUACCAAGGGCUUUCUGAUUACACUCCUGUCACUCUUCCUCCUCUGACUUUCUGGUUCUCCUCCCAUCUCUUCCAAAAGCAAGAAAAUGUCAAGAAGUCCUUAUACAAUGUAGGUAUUGCAAAAAGAGAAUUCACCCUCAACAGAUAACCCCCGUCAGCAGGACCAGCCUGGCCCUUGGGCUACGGCGAGGUUUCUUGUCUUGAGCAGCAAAUUAUUGCUUGUUCAUUUUCCUAUGUUUUUACCAGUAUUGGGGCGACAAAUAGAUUUUCUCUCUCGAGCACUGAGAUGUCAUAGGGUGCUCUCUGCCUUUAAAUAAGAAAACACACCUUAGCAUUCUAAAAUAAGGCCCCUCUUAAAGAGCGCUGGGACCUGGCGGGCAAGAUUCCUAAACAAAUUCUUUCUGGUGGUCCCUAGAAAUUAGGACCUAUUCCACUGGGAAGGUCUUCUGCAGGUUGCCCUGCUCUUAAGCAGCUGCCAUGAAGCUGCCAUUGGAGAAUUUUCCAAUUAGCUUCCUAAGCAUUUGAUGUUGGUUCUGAGCAGGGCUUUUUUUCUGGGGAAAGAGGUGGUGGAACUCAGUGGGUUGC